AUCGUAUGCUAGGUCACCAUGAAUCUCAAUACCGAAGAGACUCUUUUAACUCAAAACGCUGAGUAUCAGCACUAUGACGCUAUACUUCCUGAUGAAGAAGCUGAAAAGGUCACUAUCACAUCCGUACUGGAAUUGAAAAGAAUAUCCAUAUCCUCCAUACCCUUGGUCCUCACAUUCACAUUACAAUAUUUCCUUUCCAUAACGUCCAUGUAUGCUGCCGGUAGAUUAGGUGCUAAGGAAUUAGCUGCUUGUUCAUUGGCAUUAUGUACAUUUAACAUAACUGGGUUAGCAGUAUACCAAGGGAUGGCUAGCAGUUUGGAUACAUUUUGUUCCCAAGCUUUUGGGUCAGGCAAUAUCAAAAUGGUGGGUGUAUACUUCCAAAGAUGUUCAGUUAUCAUAUUAACCAUUUCCGUUCCAUUGGUGAUACUUUGGUUCAAUUCCGGUGCCAUUUUGAAAACUAUGGUUCCUGAUGCAGAAUUGGCAGAAAUGGCAGAAACCUUCUUGAAGAUACAUGCAAUUGGUGCACCAGGAUUAAUCUUGUUUGAAACCGGCAAAAGAUUCUUGACGGCUCAAAACAUCUUCAAUGCUGGAAGUUAUAUCUUAGUUAUGAUAAUCCCUAUAAAUUUAAUUUUGAAUUGGUUGUUGGUGUGGCACCCAACUUAUGGACUUGGUUAUAACGGUAUCGCCUUGGCCAUUGUGAUAACAUACUGGUUAAUUGAUUUUUUCAUGUUGGCAUAUGUGGUAUUCAUUGACGGUAAACAGUGCUGGGGAGGGUUUGAUUUAAGAAAGGCAUUUACUAAUUGGAAGCCAAUGUUAUCAUUAGCUAUUCCUGGGGUCAUUAUGGUCAUUGCCGAGUUCUUGGCUUUUGAAGUGUUGACUAUUCUUGCAGCAAGAUUCGGAACCGAAUCACUUGCAGCCCAAUCCAUUGCUUCCAAUGUUGCAUCCUUAGCAUUUCAAUUGCCAUUUGCCAUUGCCGUGGCGUUAAGUACCAAUAUUGGUAAUUAUGUGGGACAAAAGAAUGUUGCUGCUGCCAAAUGUAAUUCGAAUCUUUUUGCAAUUUUAGCUUCAUGUACGGGGACAAUCAAUUUUGCCAUUAUGUUCUUUGGUAGGCACACUAUUGGGAAAUUGUUUACCAAUGACGAAAAGGUUCUUACUAUAACCACUACUUUGCUUAUCCUUACUGCCAUAAACCAAUUUGGAGAUUCAUUGGUGGUUAUUGGAUCGGGUGUUCUUCGUGGCCAAGGACGUCAAAGAAUAGGAUCAAUCUUGAAUAUGAUUUCUUAUUACUUGGUUGCAUUACCGGUUGGGUUUUACUUGGCAUUUAACUGUCAUUUGGAUUUGAAUGGAUUAUGGUUGGGGUUGAUUACUGGGGUGGCAUUUUUAUCAAUAAGUACAUUUAUUGCCGUUUAUUUAAGUAACUGGCCUCAAAUUAUUGAAAAGUCACAUGGAAUGCAUGAUAGCAUAUAGUCGUACAUAGUUUAAUUUGCAUAUUUUAAUUGUUU